AUGAAGUUUUCCGCUGCCAUCCUCGCCCUCGCCGGCGCUGCCGUCGCCGCCCCCGUCUCGGACCCGGUCGCUGAGCCGAUGCCGAUGCCCACUCCCCCUGGCAUUCCCACUGCUGCCUCUGCCAAGACCCAGCUUGCUGCCCUGACCGUCCGUGCCUGGACUAACACCGACACGUACGACCGUGAUCUUUUCCCCCACUGGAUCACCAUUUCCGGCACUUGCAACACCCGUGAGACCGUCCUCAAGCGCGACGGCACCAACGUUGUCACCAGCUCUGCCUGCGCUGCCACCAGCGGAACCUGGGUCAGCCCCUACGACGGUGCCACCUGGACCGCCGCCAGCGACGUCGACAUUGACCACAUGGUCCCCCUGAAGAACGCCUGGGUUUCUGGUGCCGCUUCCUGGACCACCUCCAAGCGCCAGGACUUCGCCAACGACCUCACCCGCCCCCAGCUGUGGGCUGUCACCGACUCCGUCAACCAGUCCAAGAGCGACAAGAGCCCCGACUCCUGGAAGCCUUCCGUCUCCAGCUUCCACUGCACCUACGCCCGCGCUUGGGUCCAGGUCAAGUCCUACUGGGCCCUCUCCGUCACUUCUGCUGAGAAGACUGCCCUCACCACCAUGCUUAACACCUGCUAA